CAAGGGGAAAAUACUAUGAAAAACAUCAAUGAAUCUAUUUUGAGAAUAUAAGAGAAAGUUUGAAUGAAUCAAUUUCACACGUACGCACCAUAAUAAUUUCUCUUUUCUGAACGAUGAACAAUCGCUUGGCCAUGCACGUGAAUUCCCCUUCCGAAGAAACCGAACAUCUGUGUGUGUUUUCUAAACAACGUUAGUUAUGUGACCGACCAACACGCCUGUGGUGGUUAAUUAGUUUCAUCACUUAAACAAGAACUUGCAUUUUUAUUUCUAUUUCUAUUUAUUAAAUGGUUUUCUUUUUAAUUUUUGGUUUGUGUGUGGUUGUUGCAGCACCGUACGUGAAGCAUCUUAUGCCUAGUUUGCGAAGCAUGAAUCUAAUUCCAUAAUGUGUUGCCAAGAAACACUUUGUUUCGUCUUUCACAUAUCCUUUUGAACGUGUCACAUAUAAGUUAAGGUUCCUUUGAGCACCCUUUGGUUCGUAUUUCAAUCUUUGGGACUAGUUUGGUGGGUUGAAUGGCACAUUCGGGUUUCGAAGAAAUGGGCAACCAGAAGAAGAAGGAAGUGAUUCGGGUAGAGCGUGAAUCAGUUAUUCCAGUUUUGAAGCCUCAGCUCAUCAUGACAUUGGCCAACCUUAUUAAACAUAGUGCUGACCGAGUUGAAUUUUUGAAGCUCUGCAAAAGAAUAGAGUAUACAAUUCGAGCUUGGUAUCUUCUACAGUUUGAGGACAUGAUGCAACUCUAUUCUCUCUUUGAUCCUGUAUCCGGGACGCAGAAGUUGGAACACCAGAAGUUACCUCGUGAAGAAAUUGAUGUUCUUGAACAGAAUUUCUUGACUUACCUAUUUGAGGUCAUGAAAAAAAGCAACUUCAAGAUUGCUACUCAAGAAGAGAUUGAUAUUGCACUUUCUGGACAGUAUCUUCUAAAUCUUCCCAUUACAGUAAAUGAAUCUAAGCUUGACAAGGUUCUUUUGAAAAAAUAUUUUGAAGCACAUCCUCAAGAUAACCUUCCAGAUUUCUAUGAUAAGUAUAUUAUUUUUCGGCGUGGCAUUGGAAUUGAUCGAACGACCGAUUACUUUGUCAUGGAGAAAGUGGACAUGCUCAUAGCACGUUUUUGGUCAUAUAUGUUAAGAAUAACCAGGUUGGAAAAUUUUUUAUCCAGAAGGGAAAAAAGGCAUCAUAGGAAGGAUCCCAAGAAGGAUGAUGAAAUUAACUCAGAGUUGGAAGAUUUUCAGGAUGAUUUAUAUGAACGGAUACGCCUUGAAAAGAUGCCAAUAAGUUUCGGUAGUUUGCUGAACAAGAACACAAUCCAAGAACCUACAUUUGAUAGGAUAAUUGUUGUGUACAGGCCAGCUAGUUCCAAUUCAAAAAAAGAAAGAGGAAUUUUUGUGAAGCAUUUCAAGAGCAUUCCAAUGGCUGAUAUGGAAAUAGUUCUUCCAGAAAAGAGAAAUCCUGGAUUGACUCCAAUGGAUUGGGUCAAGUUUCUUGCAUCUGCUAUAGUUGGGCUGGUUGCUGUAGCUAGUUCUCUUGAUGUGAAUACAGCUGAUUUGAGGGUCAUUGGUGCCGUUCUCUCCACAGUACUUGGAUACUUGGCCAAGACAUACUUCACGUUCCAACAAAACUUGGUCCAAUACCAAAAUUUGAUUACACGGUCAAUGUAUGACAAACAACUGGACAGUGGAAAGGGUACACUUCUCCAUUUAUGUGAUGAUGUCAUUCAACAGGAAGUUAAAGAGGUAAUAAUAUCAUUUUUCAUUCUGAUGGAGCAGGGAAAAGCUAAUAGACAAGAGCUCGAUCAAUGGUGUGAGGAGUUAAUCAGAGAAGAGUUUGGGGAGAGCUGUAAUUUUGACGUGGAUGAUGCAGUUCAAAAAUUAGAGAAGUUCGGAAUUGUCACAAAGGAUAUCAUUGGGCGGUAUCAAUGCGUUGGGCUCAAACGGGCUAAUGAGAUAAUAGGCACCACCACUGAAGAACUUGUCCUUAAGGCAAGACAGGGGGGAAGCAUCACUCCUUAAUGGUGUUCUGAAAUAUUCUGCCUCAUAAUUUCAGACUCACACUGUCUCAUUUUUUAUUCUUUUUAAAAAUAUUUGCAAUGUUUGUACAACCUUCACCUGAAAUUCUAGGCCAAUUUUUUUUUUGGAAGGCAAAAAUAUAUAUAUUAUUAAUAUGAAUCAUAGCAGUACCAGGGGUACUGGUGAAGUA